AUGGACGAGGCUUCCAGCGGACCUUCUCCGAAGCGCUCAUCGUCGACUAAGGAAAGAGUCAAGAGCUUGGGCCGCGGAACAAAAGCGAAGACCAAGAACUUAUUGCAUCUUAAUAAACAUACUUUAACCCCCGAGGAGGAAGCCACCAAGGGUCAAGAAGAUGAUCCGUAUGAGGAAAUCCGCCACGACCCAGCAUUUGAUCCAUCACAAUUGGUCUCUCAGAAGCCAAGUCUCUCGACUCGUAUCGCGGGCGGUUUCUCAAAUGGUGUCAAAAUCAUCGUUCACCCUCAAGAUGCCGCAAAGAAGCUGGCUGCUUCCAAAGCAGCAAUAAAGGAUCGACCCUAUCUAUCCGAGGAAGCUGACAAGGAGUUUCUCGACGCGCAUGACAGUCUGUCGAGAGCGAAAUCAUCAGCUUCGCGCUCCAAUGGGUCCGUCGACCAAGAAGCUGUCAAUGAUCAGCGUGAGCGCGUCAAAAAAAUCGAAGGCCUACGACAGAGCAGAAAAGUGGCCUGGACGUCAAGCCGCCACUUCAGACGCGCCAUCGUCUUUCCAAAACGCGAGUUUCCAUCGCCGCCAAAGGAGGACUACACUUAUGUCGAUGCUCAGACGGGCAAGCGCCGUGUCGAUUGGAUGGCUUGGUUGAAAGCACGCCAGCUGAACGCCAUAGAAAGCUUUGCCACGAACCGGAUGGGCCAGAUUGAUUACACUGGACAGCCUCCCUUCGACAGAGAGGCUUCGUCUCGCUUUGUAGAGCGCAUCCUUAUUGCCUCUUCGCCAUGGCAGACCUUCUUUCUCUCAUUACGCAGUCUGUAUCUCUGGGAGGAUCCUGCGAAGUCUAGAAAAUGGCUCGCGAUCUGGCUUCUGAUCUGGUAUCUAGACUACUGCGUCACAUUCAUAUUGGUUUACUGUGCUGUCACUGUCCUACUGAACAGGUUUCGAAACAGGCAGGUCGAAGAGAUGCGCGAGUUGUUAUACUUCAGUGCUCUUCUGCAGGAGCACGGCUCAGAUUGGAUUGAUCCCUUCAUCGAGAGUGCAGGACCCAAGAUACAGAUGCAGUUGUCUGACUUUGCCGAUACACUGGAAUCAUUGAACAACUUCUACGACUGGCGUGAUCCAAAGCUCACAUGGGCCACUCUCUUUUGGUUCUUGACGGCAAUCCUGCUCGGCCUCUUCACACCCAGCGAAUAUUCUAUCAAGAUUGUGAGCAUGUGUUGCAUCAUCAUGUUCUUCGGAUCCCGCUAUGUUGCUCAUUUCCACCCCGAGUUCCGACAUGUUGUCAACGCCUUCAAUUACAUCUUCUGGGGUAUCCCUAACGAUGCAGACUGGUCAAUGAAGUAUCUCAGGGAGAAGGCUCAGGAGACCAGAGCGGGGCUGAUUGAAAAGAGAGUCCAAGAAGAGUGGGAAAAGGAUCUCUCACAGCAAAGAGGAGGCUUGGCUGCUGGUAGCCUCGACAUUCCUAAGAUCACAAAAACAACAUGGCCAGGAGAAGAUUCAUCGCCGGAUAGCGAGGAUGACGAUGCUGCAAGCUUCCACACAACAGACUCUUCGUGCAGCAUUCUUGAUGGCCUCGACAUCUUGUCAUUCAAAUGCUCCAUGCACAACGUGCCUGGUCGAUUGGUCAUCUUUUCGGAUGGUCUUCAUUAUCAAAGGACGUCUCCAGUUACAUCGGCACGCAAAGAAGUCUGGCGUCGCCUGUGGUCAGAGCUUGUUGAGAUGGAGAAGAUCGAUCCAAAGACGGCUGGACUAGUCAAAACAAAAGGCAUUCGUCUUGCCUUCGCAGACGGAGCCGAGGCGAAACUUGAGCAUGUCCGUCAGCGUGACAAGGCAUUCAAUUGCAUCAUUGGAUUCUCUGGUCUGCAAUUUCAAAUUGUCCUCCCAGGAGCGGCGACGGGAGCCGACCACGAAACUUUUGGCCAGGAUAAUGGAGAAUUUGGUUUCAAAAAGGGUUGA